AUGGAUUUCAAACGAAAUUUUUACCUGUAUUUUUGCGAAGUUACUCGCUGUCUCUGACGUUAAUCAGCUUCACACGUCUUCUCAGUUUACCUUGGCUGUUAAAACCAUUGUGGGCGCCUCUUGUUGAUAAGUAUGGUAGCAAAAUUUCAUGGGUUAAAUAUAACCUUUUUGGGAUGGCUGUAUGUUACUUGGUUGCUUCGUGUAUAUCAUUGAGUAGUGUUUCAUUGACUGUGCUUGUUGUUGCUUGUUUGAAUAUCAUGGCUGCCACUCAGGAUAUUGCUGUUGAUUCCCUAUUUGUGAGUCACUUGACUCCUGAGGACAUUGGUGAGUUUUCCUUUUCAUCUAAUUUUAUAAAUAUCUUUAAUGCGACAAAAAAUAAACUGAUCAGAUGGAUUUAGUCCAAACAAAGUGUAAACAAAAAACUGUAAAUCACAUUAGAAUAUAUUAAUACAAAUAUACAGAAAACUACAACAAAUACUUCCUUCGCCGGCCUGGUCAAACAAAUUAAAAUAAAAUGGUAUAGGGAUGAGACGAUAAGGAAAAUUGCCGAUUACUGAGGCCGAUUAUUUAUAAGCCGAUUAUCAUAACUAAUCGGCCGAUUAAUCGGUACCUGCCGAUUAUUUUAAAAAGCAAGAAAAAAAUCACAAGAUGACCAACAAUGAAGUUAUAAAUGCGGUUUUAUUGUUCACAAUACAGACUAAAUCAGUUUCAAUCUCGCAUGUCAACAGUCAAAGUUUAGUUUUGGCAGAUUAUGAUGUAAAAACAGGAUAUUGUUGGCUUUAUGCGGGGAUAGUCUGCUGCAUUACUCAGUGGAAAUGUUCCCAGCCUCACUGAACACGCGCUACAAAUAUAUGCAUUUUAUUAGAAAUAUCAGGAUUCGUUUAAGCCAAUCAGAAAACAGAAUAUGGUAUAUUGACUCAACCACAGAAUAACAACUCAACGCAUAGGAAUGCGUUGGUGUUUUAACUACUUUUAUCUCAAAGCCACUUGUGUGAGACAAAAGACGCGGGUUUUGCAACAAAAUGUGAAAAUCUAUUCGCUUGUAUUCAGUAUUUUAGCAUGUGCUUGGCAGCUGCAGAAAAAGUCUUAUAGCCGAUUAUUUGCCGAUUAUCAGGCAAUAAUCAGCCGAUUACCGAUUAUUUAAAAAAUGGCUGAUUAAUCGGCUUUGCAGAUUAUUUACCGAUUAAUCGGCUCAUCCCUAAAAUGGUAUAUAGCGUAGGAAAUCUCAGCUAUUCCUAUUAUUAUGACAGGAUUAGGAAAUAUUGCCCAAGUUGUUGGAUACAAAACUGGUUCAUUAUUUGGAGGUGGAUUCCUCGGCUGGUUGUCUUCAUCGUAUCCAUGGCAACAGUUAUUUUUCCUUCUCUUUGUUAUGUAUAUAAUUUCAGCUCUAUUAUGUUCACCCAUCUUUGUCAACUUAAUGUUUCCACAAAUAAUACAACCCAAAGACAUAGGGAAAACACUUCUUGGCAAUGAAAAAACACCUGUUGACAAAAGUUCAAAACAUGUACAACCUCAUUCCAAUUGCACAAAAUUUAGUGAAACAUGUGAAAAUGUUAAUAAAAAUGGACCAAAUGUCACUGACCGGAUGAAAAGCAAAGAGUAUUCCACAUUGGGGCUGAAUACAACCACAGAAAGGAGACAUUAUCAGGAUACGGUGCAGGAUGGCAAAAUGCAAUCUGCUAUGAAUAAAGACCCUGGUUCUUCAUCACAAAAUUCAGGGAAUUUUGUUAAAGCAAAAUUAGAAGGUUAUCUUAAUGUGUAUGGAAAAGUAUUGAAGGCCGAUGGCACAAAAUGGACAAUAGUUUAUGUUUUAAUUUACAAACUUGGUGAACAAGGCAUGAUUGCCAUACUGCCCAUGUUUGUACUUGAUGAAGGAAUGUCUUCAUCUGACACAGCCAUGUUGACUGGAGUUUUAUGUCAGUUUUGUUCAAUCUUUGGAUCUCUGCUUGCUGGAAUGCUAUUUUAUUGGUAGGUUGGUUUACAUAAGAUUAGUUUGUAAUAAAUACAUUUCUCUAAGAUAGACAUCUCUCCAACACAGAAAUAUCCCUAAUAUACACAUCUCUCUAACAAAGGUAUUUCUCUAGGACAGACAUAUUCCUAUAAAACAGAUAUUUCUCUAAGACAGACAUCUCUUUAACACAGAAAUAUCCCUAAUAUACACAUCUCUCUAACAAAGGUAUUUCUCUAGGGCAGACAUCUCUCUAGGGCAGACAUAUCCCUAGGGCGGACAUAUCCUUAUAAAACAGAUAUUUCUCUAAGACAGACAUCUCUCUAAGACAGACAUAUCCCUAUAAAACAGAUAUUUCUCUGAGACAGACAUCUCUCUAGGGCAGACAUAUCCCUAUAAAACAGAUAUUUCUCUAAGACAGACAUCUCUCUAAGACAGACAUCUCUCUAAGAUGGACAUCUCUCUAAGAUGGACAUCUCCCUAUAAAACGGAUAUUUCUCUAAAACAGACAUCUCUAAGAUAGACAUCUUUCUAACACAGAUAUUUCUCUGAGAUAGACAUCUCUCUAACACGGACAUAUCCCUAUAAAACAGAUAUUUCUCUAAGACAGACAUAUCGCUAUAAAACAGAUCAGACAUCUCUUCUCUUUAUUUAAAUAUGAAGUAAGUGACUCGUAUUAAAAUCUAUACUUCUAGGGAUGGUUUACAAAGCACAUUGGCCAUCUUAUCAACCGUACGUUUCUUGACUGCCUGUGUGCUAACUUGGCUUGGAUUUUUUAAUUCAUUAACCACAAAUUGGAUUGGGUUUGUUGUCUCUGACUGUCUUCUUCAUGUAGUCUCAGGCAUGAUAACAACUCUCACGUUCACGUUGAUGGUUGCAUGCUCCCAGAAAUGUCCGAGAAUCCUUUCUGCAACACAUUACUCCACUUUAGCAACAUUUGAAGUUCUUGGAAAGCUAUGUAUGGUGUCAGUUUCUGGAACGGUGGUCGAUAUGAUCGGUUAUACAAAGUUUUUUGUCAUUUGUACUUGUCUGACGCUGCUCCCAAUAAUUCUCCUGAGGACAGGGAAUGCAAAUUUUCAACAGGCAAAAGUUGAGGUGAAGGAUUAAUAGUAAACAAUCUCAGUGCAUGUGGACAAAUUAUAACGAACAAUCUUAAUUCACAUGCCUAGUUAAGAUAGCUCUAGUUUAUAACUGAAGCUAUUGAUACUCCAGAGUGGAAGCCCUAUUGCCUUUGUUGAAGAUAUCACCAUUGUAUCUCUGUCCUUAAAUGCCUUAACCAUCUAGCUAACUUUGUUUUUAACCUUAUCAAGCCCCAGAUAGUGGCAGAUACAUAGUUCUAAAACACGCCAGAAUAACAACUACAACUUUCCACGCCCACUUACAAAUUGGGGAAAACAACAAUUUAAUAUAUAUCACCUAUAUUGCGCUAAAACAAUCUAUUAAUUUUCAACUCUUUAAAACCAAACAAAAACAUUUUAUCUAAUUGAACUGAACUUUUUCCAACAACAAUUAAGUAUAUG